AUGAACUCCUUCCUGGAGUACCUGGCGCGGGGCGGGGAGGGCUUGAGCCUGGCGGGCAAGCUGGGAGGCGGCGGGGAGCCUCAGCGCCCGCCCUGCCCGCUCUCGGCCGGCGGGGAAGGCGCCUACUUGGGGAGCCCGCCUGAGUUCCAGGCGCCUCCGCAGCGCCAGCUGGAGCCCUGCGCCCUUGCGCGCUUCGCCUCGCCCCAGUACGGGCUGCUGCGCCCGGAGGUGGCCCGCGGAAGCCCGCGGCAGGCUGGCGCCCCAGCGCACUACGCCACGGCAGUCUUUUCCGGGGGCGGCGGCGGCGGAGGGGCGGCUUACCUGCCGGUGGACUACAGCGCGCUGGCCGAGACGCUGCAGCCGUGCGCCAAAGCGCCGCCUCCGCAGCCCGCGGACUGCCGGCCCGCCCGCGCAGCAGUCGGCACCUUCGAGUGGAUGAAGGUCAAGAGGAGCGCGCCUCCGCCAAGUAAACGCCCGGCCUACGGCUCCCCAAGCCCGCCCAGCGCCGUCAGGACCAAUUUCAGCACCAAGCAACUGACCGAGCUGGAGAAGGAGUUCCAUUUCAACAAGUACCUCACCCGGGCCCGGCGCGUGGAGAUCGCCAAGGCGCUGGGCCUCAAUGACACUCAGGUCAAAAUCUGGUUCCAGAACCGCCGCAUGAAGCAGAAGAAGAGGGAGCGAGAAGGCACGGCGCUGCUGCCCCCCGUGGGCUCCUUCCACGGGGCCCCCUCUGAGCUAAGCCCCACGCCGCCCGGGGUGCGCUCGGCACCCUCUUCUCCCGCCGGAGGGUCGCCCUGA